UUUUAGGUCCAGCAGCUCAGCAGGAAGCCAACACACACACCACUGCCACCUGCUGAUCUGAGGUCAGGGUGUAGACAGCUGCCAGGGAGAUCGAAUCUUCCAGCGAGCUGUUGGACUGAGCAGACCAAAGAUGGAUCAGGUGUCAGAUGAGGAGGUGGAGGUCCGGGGGGAAGAGGAGGAGGAGGAGGAGGACAGCGAUAAGGAGGACCAGGACCUGGACAAGAUGUUUGGAGCCUGGCUGGGGGAGCUGGACAAACUGACUCAGAGUCUAGACGACGGUCGUCCUGAACCUCCUCCUCAGCAGAAAGCUCCUCUCAGACAGGAGACCAACAUGGCCAACUUCUCCUACAGGUUCUCCAUCUACAACAUCAACGAGGCCCUGAACCAGGGGGACAACGUGGACCUGGACGCUCUGAUGGCCGACCUCUGCUCCAUCGAACAGGAGCUCAGCACCAUCAACAACAAACCCAACAGCAGCAGCAGCAGCAGCAGCCUGGCCCGGCUCGGUCUGACCGACACCAAGGUCCGUCAGAAGCCUCCAGCAGGUCGCAGCAGCCGGCAGCAGCCAGCAGGGGGCAGCAGUAACAGCGUUGGUGGUGGCAGCAGUGGAGCGAGUAGCAGCAGCAGCAGCACCAGAGCUUCACCAGCUGGAACCAUCAGAGCUCCAACCGGACAUCACGGGAGGCCAGCGCUGGCCUCCAACUUCAGCCUGGACGACAUCACGGCUCAGCUGGAGAAGGCGUCCCUCAGUAUGGACGAAGCCGCCCGUCAGACUUCCUCUCACUCUCUAAGCUCCGCCUCCUCCUACACGUCGGCCACGAUGCGUCGACCCGGAGCCUCUCAGCGCCAACACCGACGGACCGGAUCAGUUGGGACGGUCAGCGAACACGAGGUGCGCUCCAUCGUCCAAUCAUCUCGCUCUUCCGUCACCUCGGCCUCUGGAGUCUCGGUGAACUCGGCGUCCUCCAUGGACUCUCUGGACUCCGUCCUCCGGUCCGAGUCCGACGGUCAGCAGCCUCCAGCCGAGGGAGCCGGUCAGAGUCACCACAACACCGAGCACUCCUAUCUGGACAGGGAAACCUCUCUGAUUCUGAGAAACAUAGCAGGAAAACCCUCCCACCUGCUGACAAAGGAGGAGCAGGCGGCCAAGCUGAAGGCUGAGAACAUCCGAGUGGCUCUGGAGAAGAUCAAGGAGGCUCAGGUGAAGAAGCUGGUGAUUCGUGUCCAUUUGUCAGACGAGAGCUCAAAGACGAUGAUGGUGGACGAGAGACAGACGGUCAGACAGGUUCUGGACAGUUUACUGGAGAAAUCUCACUGUGGGUACAGCGCAGACUGGUCACUGGUGGAAACCAUCAACGAGCUGCAGAUGGAGCGGAUCUUCGAGGACCACGAGAACCUGGUGGAGAACCUGCUGAACUGGACCAGAGACAGCCAGAACCGCCUCAUGUUCACCGAGCGGAUCGAGAAGUACGCUCUGUUCAAGAACCCUCAGAACUACCUGCUGGGGCGGAAGGAGACGUGUGAGAUGGCUGAGAGGAACAAAGAGGCUCUGCUGGAGGAGUGUUUCGGCGGCAGCUCGGUGUCAGUCCCUGAGAUGGAGGGAGUGUUGUGGCUCAAAGAGGACGGAAAGAAGUCGUGGAAGAAGCGCUACUUCCUGCUGAGGGCUUCUGGCAUCUACUACGUCCCAAAGGGCAAAGCGAAGGCCUCCAGAGACCUGGUGUGUUUCCUCCAGCUGGACCACGUUAACGUCUACCUGGGACAGGACUACAAGAGCAAGUACAAGGCUCCUACUGACUACUGCAUGGUGCUGAAGCACCCUCAGAUCCAGAAGAAGUCGCAGUACAUCAAGUAUCUCUGCUGCGACGACGUCAGAACGCUUCAGCAGUGGAUCAACAGUAUUCGUAUCGCCAAGUACGGGAAGCAGCUCUACACCAACUUCCAGGAGGCCAUGAGGAGGUCGGAGGCGGCCUACGACUGGUCUUCCCUUUCUUCUUCCUCCAUCAAGUCAGGAUCCAGUUCAUCCAGCCUUCCAGAGUCUCAGUCCAACCACUCCAGCCAAUCAGACAGCGGCGUGUCAGAGAUGACAUCAUCAGGCCACACCCGCUCGCAGAGUGUCGUCAGCUCCAUUUUCUCUGACGCCUGGAGGAGAGGAACCCAAGGAGAGAUGAUGAGGAUCGACCCUAUCAGUCGGCCCAUCCCGGUCCAGAUCCCGUCGCUGUCCCCCCAGCCUCCUCCUCAGACUCCCCCCUCCAGGAGCAGCUACACCGACGGCCUCCUCCCCUCUGAUGACUCCUCCCCUUCACCUCCCUCCCCUCCUCCCCCUCCUCCUCCUCCCCCCAUAUCCAGCGUGGCCCACCAGCCGGCGCCCCCCUCCUCCUACGUGAAGUACAGCACCCUGGCCCGGCUGCAGAGCCAGACCCAGUCCAGGACCCAGCAGGCCGGCACCGCCCCCCCCUCCAACUACAACACCCUCCCGGCCGCCUACAGCACCUCCUCCCCCACUCUGCCCCCGUCUCCUCCUCCCCCUCCUCCCCCCACGGCUCCGGCUCCUGGUUCUGCCAUGGCGGCGCUGAAGUUCGGUCCGUCCAGCCCCUCAGCCCUCCCCCCACCUCCCCCUCUGGAGGACCAGGAGCCCUCCUACCUGCCUCCUCCUCCCCCUGAGAGCCUGGAGGCCAACGGGCUGCCUCCUCCUCCCCCUCCAGAGCCCAGCUCCUCCUGCCCUCCUCUGUCCAACACCGGCCUGCAGCAGUUCCUGUCCCAGAAGUUUCCUAACAUGGUGUAUGACUUCAGCCAGGGCCCUGAUGAAGACUCUCCUCCUCCUCCUCCUCCUCCUGGAGCUGAGCUUUCUCCUCCAGCCUCCCUGCAGGUCCUCCGGCCUCUCUCCCCCAACGCUCCUCCUCCUGCACCUCCUAAGACCUUCACUGGUGGCUUUCCUCCUCAGACUGCUCCCAAACCUUCCGGUCCAUCCUCCCUCCCCCUUGCCCUGUCCCCCGUCUCCCCCACCCAGCCUCAGAUUGGACACGGUUCCUUUAAGAAGCAGCAGAGCUUCUCCACAGGACACUCCCCCAACCAGCCUCCCCCCACCCUGCCCAAGCAGCACAGCCUCUCUUCCAAGAACCUGACCAUCUCUCCUUCCUCCUCCUCCUCCUCGGUCUCCAUCGCGGCCGCUACCUCCUCAUUGGUCAAACAGAUUGUCAAUCAGUUCCCAGGAAACUCUGCCCCUUCCUCUCUGCCCACCUCCAACUCCACGGAGGGCUCCAAGUUCUCGGCUCCUCAGUCUCCUCCGGCAGUUAAAGCCAAACCGAAGUGGCAGCCAGGAGGAGUGGUAGCUCCUCAGUCUCCAGAGUUCCCUCCACCUCCUCCUGACAGCUCCCUGGGAGACUUCCCUCCUCCCCCCUCCUCCAAGACGGGCUCCCCCGUCAAGAAGUCGCCUUCCACCUCCUCCACAGGGUCCACCAAGAGGGGCCCUCCGCCGACCCCCCAGAGAGCCUCCUCCAUCCGGGAGGCCCAGGAGGAGAGGCCCAAGAAGGUGGAGAGUCUGGUCAGUAAGUUUGGCCAGGCUCCUCAGACCAGCACCUCCUCCAGCUCCUCCUCUGCCACCGGCUCCCCCUCUAAAGACUCCUCCCUCCCUGCUCCGCUGCCCAAGCCGGGGAAGCUGAACCUGGCCAACCUCCCCCUGGCUCUGCAGGGCCUCCAGGGGCAGCACCACCAGCCCGACUUUCCCAACCCUCCUCCCCCGCCUCCCCCCUCUCAGCCUCCUCACCUGGACUCCUCCCCCGACUACUUCCCUCCUCCCCGUGACUUUGAGCUCUUCCCUCCCCCUCCUCACCCGUCAGAGUUCCACCACCCCCCGAAGGUCGCCGUGGUGAACCCCCAGCCCCAGAUGCCUCCUCCUCAGCAGCCGGCCUCCUCUUUGUCGUCGUCGUCAUGGAAACAAGGCUCUCUGAAGAAGGGGGCGGUGGCUCCUCCCACGCUGAGCCGGCGGACCAGCAACACAGGUCCAUAUGACACCUCCAUGCCCCUGUCGCCGCCGCCGCUGUCUCAGACUCCGCCCCCCUCCCUGACCUCCUACUCCUCGUUCCCCCGUCCCCCCACCUCCCCCAAGUCGGCCGGACCGGGCUCGCUGACGCUGAAGCCUCACUUCCUGGAAGACCUCAACCGCACCCUGAAGAGGAAGUCGGUGUCCCGCCACGGCUCGCUGACCUCCUCCCACCUCAUCACCUCCUCCAAGAUGGAGCCGGUGGGCACCAUGGACGACAUGGCGCUCCUCCCCCCUCCUCCCCCGGAGCUCCUGCAGCAGCAGCAGGGCGUCCGAGGACACUCCCACACCCUGUCCCGCCACCACUCGCACUCCCAGUCCGCCAAACACGCCAACAUCUCAGGCUAUGCAACGCUGCGGCGAGGCCCGCCUCCCGCUCCUCCCAAACGGGACCAAAGCACCAAACUGACCAGUGAUUGGUGAAGCAGAGACACUGGGCGGAGCCUAAGCAAACGAACUGACCAAUGGGGUCUUAGAGAAGAAAUAAUCAGUGUGUGUCUUGACUUGUCCGUCUCUCCUCGUCCUGAACCAUCCUGGAUACCGAGCAAGUAGCAAGCCGUGUUUCCUGCUCAGAUUAUGAUUGUUGAUAUUAACCUCAUUACUCCUCUCAUUAUGAUACAUGUUUAACCGACGACAUGAGUAAAAUAUAUAUAUGUACAUAUAUAUCUGUAUACAAGCAAGCCAGAAAAUCACCUAUCCAGCUUUUUUCACAACGUCUGUGCAGCUUUGCAUUGAAAUAUACAAAAGACGAGACUUGAAGGACGACGGCAACAGAGACACAAACUAGCAGGUACUGCAUGGAGCCGCCGAUCACGGAAGGAGAACACGGAAGGAACACGGGACGUGAAAGUGGAUGUAUAGAAGUGUAUGUUGUGAACCUGGGGGGAGGGGGGGCAUCGCCAUUUCUUUCAACCUUUUUUUGUGUGUGUUUUUAUAUAAGAUUAUUUAAUACUGGAAAGAUAUUGUUAUUAUAAUUAUUUUAAAUUUUAAGAAGAGUCAGAGGGUGUGUUUUCUCUAGAAGCAGCUCAUUCCUGAGUGUUUAUUUGGAUCAUUGUUUUCAUCUGAGGGUGUUUCUUUAGCACUAGAGCUUCAUGGCUGAUUGGUUGGUCAGAUUUAAUGAUUAAAAGGAUUGAAUAAACACGGAAUCAGUCAGUAAGGCUGUGCUCAGAUUACAGGAACCAGUUACAUCUGAAAGUAUUAUUUCUCCAGAGCAGAGGAGUCAAACUCAUCUUAGUCCAGGUUCCACAUCCAGUCCAGUCUGAUCUCCAGUGGACCGGACCAGUAAAACCAGUAAAACCAGUAAAACCACAGCAGAAUAACCUAUAAAUAACCACAACUCCUAAUUUUUCCUUUGUUUUAGUGCAAAAAUGUUCACAUUUAAUGAAUUGUCUUUUGACAAAACAUCAUGAACAACCUGAGAUGUAUCAAGAAAAAUAAGUUCAGUUUCAUCCACAUUCAUCCUCAGUUUAUCAUUUCCUCAUUACAACUUCCAGAUCACAGAGUGUCUACAAAGGAACACAACAUUUAGUCUCAACUAUCUGUAACUGAACCACAGAGGAUUUACUGGAGGAUCACACCGACCAACAUCACAACAAAAAACAGACAAAAUAUUACAAAAAUCAGAAGCAACAUGUCAAAAAUGAGACACAAAACGACAAAAAAUAAGACAAACGACACAAAACAAAACAAAAAAGAGACAGAAAAUUAGACAAAAAAGUUACAAAGCAACAAAAAAAUUACACACAAGACAAAAAAUGACAAAAGCAAGAAACAAAACAACCAAAACGUAGACUAACAAAACAAGCGAGACAAAAAAAAGAUACAAAACAUCUAAUAAAGCAAAACACAAAAUGAACAAAACAAAAUGACAAAAAUGAGAAACAUGACAAAAACAUGAGCCAAACAAAAACGUCAGACAAAAACAAGACAAAAUAUUAUAAAAACAAGACACAAAACGACGAGAAACAAUGUGACAAAAAAUGAGACACACGACACGAAACAAAGCAAAAAAGAAACAAAAUAUUUUGCAAAAAAGUUACAAAGCAGCAAAAAAUGGACAAACGAUAAAAACAAGACAAAAAACAAAUAAAGCAAAACAAGAUGACAAUAAUGAGACAAACGACAAAAGUCAGACAAAAAAGACGAAAGAAAAAUCAACAAUCUAGUAUUUUACUCUAUGAUCCAAACAACUUGUCAUGGUCUAGAAAUGAUUUUAAAUUUAUAGUUUUACUAAUUUACAAUCUGCAUUAAUGUCUUCUCUGUAGUUUUUACACUUUGGGGCCGGAUUGGACCCUCUGGAGGACCACUUUUGGCCCGGAGCCGCAUAUUUGACACCCCUGGUCUACAGGAAACUUUACACGUGUUCAUAUCUUCCCUUCUCUUUGUGAAGUUUCUGUACUUCCAGCUGUUCCACAUUUAAAGAUGGAUUUCAGGUUUAUCUUGUCUGAACUGGACCCAGAACCUCCUUUAAUCUGAGCUCAGCCUUCAGGUGGUUCAGACACCGUUAAACGUCUCGUUCAGCUUCAUCGAUGACUAAGAAGGUCGUUUUUCUAGUGAAUAAAUCCGUCACGUUUGUCGUUGUGGCGGCUGGUCGGUUACUUAUUGACUCGGUGUCUGUCGAUGGAACAAGUGCCUGAAAACACGAGGAGUGUCGGAACAUGAGACCCAGAAACACGUCUGACAUUCUGAAGUUUUAAUUCACCCACAGGUUCUUUAGCCACAAACAAAUCAAUCUAGAAGGUUAAAGGAGCUCAGAGGAACAGGCUUCGACGAGUUAGGCCUAAACUUCACUUCUACAGAACUAACUGGGAAGCAAAUUCUAAACGUGGCAAGAAAAAUUAACAGAGAAAAUACAAAUUAGUGUUGUUCCCAUCAACUGUUUUGGAGCGAAUAAACUCUGCUCAUCUAUCGGUGCUAACCAAGUGGAAACUAAUUCAGCUGUUUGUUUGCCUUAACCCUCCUGUUGUUCUCAUUUACAGGCACCAAAAAUAUUGUUUCCUCGUCUGAAAAAAAUCCAAAAAUUCAGCAAAGAAAUUCUAGGAAUUUGCAAAACCUUCAGGAGGAAAAUUCCAAGAAUUCCUUCGAAGUUUCAAUUGAAAGUUUUAUUUAAAAAAAAAAACAAAUUUGGCAAGAAAAUUCUUGUAAAUAUUUUCAAAAAAUGAGUAAAAAUCUUCUCAAAAAAUCCUAAAAAUGUCUAAAGUUAUUCCAUAUAUAUCAGUAAGUUCUCGGCACUUUAGAUAUUUUUAGGAUUUUUUUGGAAGAUUUUUACUCAUUUUUUGAAAAUACAAGAUUUUUGGUGCCAACUUUGGGGGAUUUAUUUAUUUUUUUAAAUCAAACUUUUAAGGAAAACUUUUAAGGAAUUUUUGGAAUUUCUUCCUGAAGGUUUUGCAAAUUUAAAGAAAAAAAAGACGUUAACGUUAAAAAUGUUUGUUAAGAACUAAAAUCCAACGAAAUUCACUUUUGGCUGAUUUUUUUUUGUGAACGUUCUUAAGAAACAAUUUUAACAUUUCUUUUUUCCACCUAAAAAUGUUCAAAAAUUUCCCUAAAAUGUUGGACAUCAGAAGUGAAAAUGUAUUUUUGCCCACAUUCUCAGACUUUAAAACGGGUUAGUUUGACCCGCAGGACGACAGCAGGGUUAAAGUGAUUCCGUCAUGUCGGCUGUAACAACGAAACAAACAGCUGAUCAGUCAGAAGUUCUUCAGAAAAGCUGAUUCUGUUCUACAGGAAGCUCGUUUCCAGUGAAAUUGGGGACGUUUGUUUGAAUUAUUCCAUUUCCAGGAACCUUUUCUUAUGCUAAUGUGCUUAAAGUAGAUCUACUGCAACACGACUAGACAGUCUAAAGAUCAUGAAAGUCUAAACUAGACCUCCAUCUGAUCCUUGGAUCUGUUCAUGUUUCACCUCUGUAAACAGAAACUUUCAAACUUCAGCCUCCUCCACUGUGAUCUUACCCUGAAAGGCAAAACUACGACACAUUCAGCCACAUGAAGCAGAAAUGUUCUGUUGAAUGUGAUGUAAACAGAAAACUUUUUUAUGAUAAACUCAGAACACUGACAGCUGUUUGGACAAAAUGGGGAUUUUGGAAAAUGCUGCUGGGUGUUUUUAACGACUUUUUAUUCCCAGAGUAAACAUAAAGAGCGCUCCUUAAAAAGCCGGGCUGGUGUCAGAUUUAAAGACAGAAGCUGAUGGAGUCUCUGUGGUUUAGCUUUAGUUAGCUGGUUAGUCCAUAAACUCCUCCAGCUGGUUGGUUAGUUAGAUUAGAAACCAGCUCGUCAGUCUGCUGCUCCAUCCAAACAGCUGAUUAAAGCUUUUUUAAAUCCAUUUUCUGAUCAUGUUUUUUAUGCGACUGUGUUUUAAGUGCAGCUGAACCUCGGUCUGUUUCUACCUUCCUGUUUUUAUCUUCCUGGGUUUAAUUCUCUGCAUGACAGCAGCACACAAACACGCCAAAAACGUAACACGACUGCCCAGUUUAGAUUUCUUUAAGUGCAAUCAUAUCUGUCUUUGAAGGUUCAUUUCUGAUGUGUAGUUAUUAGAAGGUGGUUUCAGUUAGUUUGAACAUCAAGUCUGUUCUGUCCUUCCUCUGCCCUGCAGGAAAACACUCAUCACCGUGGAUUUCAGAGCAACGUACAGUUAGAAACUGGUCAAUGUCUUGAAAUGUCUUGCUCAAGGACGCCGGCAGAGCACAUGGCUGUUAUUGGUGUCAAACCUGCUGUUGCAUUUAAAUAAAGGAGAGAAAUGAGUCAAA